AUUAAAUCAACAUUGAAGUGCUGAGACGCGUAAAACGAAUUUACCUCUGCUUCUCAUUGCAUUUUGUUUGCAUCAUGGCGCUCUGGGUCGAUCGCUACCGUCCGCGUGAGCUAGCGAAGCUGGAUUACCACAAAACGCAAGCCAACCAACUGAUCAACCUGUGCUCGCAAGGUGAUUUCCCCCAUCUGAUGUUCUACGGACCAUCCGGGGCUGGGAAGAAAACGCGCAUCAUCUGCCUGCUGCGGGAGCUGUACGGACCAGGGGUGGAGCGUCUCCGCAACGAAGUGAUGAAUUUCACGACGCCAUCUAACAAAAAGAUAGAAAUCAUGACCGUCAGCAGCAACUACCACAUCGAGGUGAACCCGUCGGACGUAGGAAUCUACGAUCGAGUCGUCAUCACGGACAUGAUCAAACAGAUUGCCCAAACGCAGCAGAUCGACCCGUCGGGCCAGCGGGAGUUCAAAACGAUCGUGCUCUCGGAGGUGGAUGAGCUGACGAAGGAUGCACAGCAUGCCCUGCGUCGUACGAUGGAGAAGUACGUCGCCACGUGCCGUUUGGUAUUGUGCGUCAAUUCCACAUCGAGAAUCAUUCCAGCGGUAAAGAGCCGUUGCCUAGGGAUACGCGUCUCUGCACCAACAGAAGAAGAGAUUAUUGGCAUCAUGAACGUGAGUUAAUCACUUUUCCCCCCUUUUCCUAUCGAAACUAACUUGAGUUGUUGUUGAACGAACUAAACGAUCUGCAAAAAGGAAGGCCUCCACAUCCCGCCCGAACUGGCAACCCGGAUUGCGCAAAAGUCUGAACGUAACCUGCGCCGGGCAAUACUGACGCUCGAGGCGUGCAAGGUGCAGCAGUAUCCGUUCACCGCAAACCAGGACAUCCCGGACAUGGACUGGCAAACGUACCUCCGGGAAACGGCUAACAUGAUCGUUCAAGAGCAAAGCCCGCAGCGCAUGGAAGUCGUCCGGGAGCGUCUGUACGAGCUGCUUUCCCAGGGCAUCCCACCGGACAUUAUUUUCAAGGGGCUGGUGCAGAUUCUGGUCAAAAACUGCGACAUGAGUCUAAAGACACAGACGCUCAGCUUCGCCGGUCUGUACGAUCACCGGAUGCAGCGGGGAAGCAAGCACAUUUUCCACCUGGAAGCGUUCGUGGCCCAGUUUAUGGCGCUCUACAAGAAGUUCCUCAACCAGGUGUCGGUGAUGGACAUGGAUGACUUUUGAAUUGUAAGAAGUGUUUAACUAAAAUAUUUUUAAGAUAACUUUGUAUUUUCUUUUGGAACAAAAUGGAUGGAGAUUUUGUGUAUGAUAA